AAUGCAUGGGCCACUUUCCCACAGCGUGUGAUUUGGAUUUCUAGCAGGAAUCCACCACCACUCUGCUGCUCUCUAUAUAAAUCAAACCAUGACUUGUACCCAAAUUAAUCCACUUCACCACCAACAGCACCACUGAGAUCACCUCCACAACCAGAGCAGCCAUGGAUUGGUUUUCCUGGCUCUCUAAUUCCGGCCUCGAUCCAUCCAUCGCCUGCCAGUACGCGCUGCUCUUCGCUAGCAACGAGCUGGAGGAGGAGGACAUUGCCUACUUCGACCACGGGUUCCUGCAGAGCAUGGGUAUCACUAUCGCUAAACAUCGCCUCGAGAUCCUCAAGCUCAUAAAUCAUCGCGUAAGGGUUUCGUCUCCUCUGCCAGCGGCUAAGCUUGUCUCCGUGAUAAGGAAUUCCAAGACCUGCUUCGCCAACUACAUCCGCUCCAUGAUGAUGCGCCGCAACAGGGCAGCAGAUCCGACGAUUUUGGUGGUGCCCAAGGCUUCUUAUGGGGGCAACGGCGGAGACCAGUGGCGAGGAUCAAUGUUGAAGAGAAAAACAAAGCUUGCGCUGCUGAAGCAGGGCCGGGUCAUGAUCGCCGACCGUGGCGUGACUGUUAAAGCUCUUCAUCGUCCUCCUUCCCACAGCUCGAGCCCCAUGGUUCACUCUUGUGCUGAUGAUGACCACGAUGAUGAUGGAGAUGGAUACUGGGAGAGUGCAGCGGGAGAAGCUACGUGGGACACCAUGUUUCAGGACUUGAAGCCCACAUGAGAAUUAGCAAGCUUAAUUUUGUAAAGAUGCAUAUGAAUUAACGACUUUGGUCUUGUUUAGCUGA